AUUAUUGACUUUGGUUUUACUUGUUUCCUCAAAGAAUCGCUUUCCCAAACCAAAUCAAUAAACACUUGGCAAAACCAAAAGUAGGCAAAACAAGAAAGCAUUUUACUAUACAACUCGUAACUCUAAUGCAUGCAAAUCUACGAGUUUCUCCACCAUCUCCAACUAUGUGCCAAACACCACACCCCUUUAACCGCCAAGAAACUCCACGCCCGAAUCAUCAAACUGGGCGUUCAACAAACCGAACCAUUGCCCAACACACUAUUAAACGUUUAUGGCAAAUUAGGCCUGGUUGAGGACGCCCAUCACCUGUUCGACGAAAUGCCCCAAAGAGACCAAGUCUCUUGGGCUUCCAUUCUCACUGCAUGCAAUCUCGCCAACUUCCCCAACAAAACACUCUCUAGCUUCCCUACAAUGCUUGCGUCUGAUGGACUGGAACCUGACCAUUUUAUUUAUGCUACUCUAGUCAAGGCUUGUUCUAGCCUGUCUGCUGUGAGACAAGGGAUGCAAGUGCAUGCUCGUUUUAUUUUGUCUCCAUUUAGUAAUGACGAUGUUGUUAAGUCGUCUCUGGUUGAUAUGUAUGCUAAAUGUGGAUUACCCGAGACUGCUCGCGCAGUUUUUGAUUCGAUUUUGGUGAAAAAUGCAGUUUCUUGGACUGCUAUGAUCUCUGGGUAUGCUAGGAGUGGAAUAAAAACAGAGGCAAUUGAGCUGUUUUCGAGGUUGCCGAUGCGUAAUUUGUAUUCUUGGACUGCUUUGAUAUCAGGGUUGGUGCAGAGUGGAAAGGGGAUUGAUGGUUGUUAUUUGUUUCUUGAAAUGAGAAAAGAAGGGGUUGAUAUUGUAGACCCUUUAGUUCUCUCAAGUGUAGUGGGUGCUUGUGCUAACUUAGCUGUCCUGGAGUUUGGGAAGCAGCUUCAUGGACUAGUAAUUUCACUUGGUUAUGAAUCUUGUUUGUUUAUUAGUAAUGCACUUGUCGAUAUGUAUGCAAAAUGUAGUGAUAUUUUAGCUGCUAAGAGCAUUUUUGAUAGAAUGAUUCGUCGAGAUGUGGUUUCUUGGACUUCUAUAAUAGUCGGGGCAGCUCAACACGGAAGAGCGAAGGAAGCGUUGGAUUUAUACGAUGAUAUGAUUUUAGCUGGAGUAAAGCCGAAUGAAGUAACCUUUGUUGGAUUGAUUUAUUCUUGCAGCCAUACUGGUUUAGUUGACGAAGGCCGGAGUUUUUUUGAGUCUAUGAUCAAGGACUAUGGGAUUAAGCCCUCCUUGCAACAUUUCACAUGUUUGUUGGACCUUCUCAGUCGAUCUGGACACCUCGAGGAAGCUGAGAAUCUCAUUAAUAGAAUGCCGUUUGAGCCUGAUGAACCUACAUGGGCAGCUUUAUUAAGUGCUUGCAAACACCAUAGAAAUACUGAAAUGGGACUUAGAGUUGCUGAUCAGCUAUUGAACUUAAAUCCGGAAGAUCCUUCAACUUAUAUACUGUUAUCGAAUGUUUAUGCUGGUGCGGGCGUGUGGAAACGUGUGUCAAUGGUGAGGAAGUUGAUGGAAAGUAGGGAAGUGAAAAAGGAACCAGGUUAUAGUACUGUCACUUUAGCUAAGGAAAUUCAAGUGUUUCAUGCUGGGGAGACAUUCCAUCCUAUGAAAGAUGAAAUAUUUGGUUUGCUUACGGAGUUAGACGGAGAGAUGAGGAGGAGAGGUUAUAUUCCUGAUACUAGCUCUGUGUUACAUGACAUGGAAGAGCAAGAGAAAGAAAGGCAGCUGUUUUGGCAUAGUGAGAGAUUAGCUGUGGCCUAUGGCCUACUUAAGUCUGUUCGAGGAACUGUCAUACGUAUUGUGAAAAAUCUCCGUGUUUGUGGAGAUUGUCAUACUGUUUUGAAAUUCAUUAGCAGUAUUGUAGAACGAGAACUUAUUGUGCGAGAUGCUACUAGGUAUCACCAUUUUAAGGAUGGAAACUGUUCGUGCAAUGAUUUCUGGUGAUCGUAUGACUCGUGUCUUAUUUCCGUUUCAGUGUUUCUCAUUUCGGUGGUUUCCUUUCCGUGCUACAUAAACAAGAAGUUUUUUGUGAGUUUCCUAACCUUACUUCUUCUGUCUACUAGUCUUUCAAUGCAAUUUUGCUGACAUGAGCAUUGCAUUAGUCAAGGACAUAUUUUCAUUCUUCUAGUAUUAGUUGUCUUGAGUUGCAUCUCAAAUCAUGAUUUAGUAUGAUGUAGUAUGCUUAACUAGAAAUUCUAUUUAGGUGGGACGGAAUUUUUUCUUGGCCGAAUUAUACGUUAGAACAUGUUGUUGGAAUUUGUUUUAAGAAUUCUUUAAGCCAACCUACAAGUCGUUUGGCUUAAUUUUUUUUUCAAAUUAUUCAAUCACAUUUAAAUUAAUUAUUUAGUA